AUGGAACCUCUAAAGGAAUCCUGCAGAGCUGGGUUCAGAGAAGAGGCAACACCAGCAAUCAAGGAGCAAGGUCAUCAUGAGAAAGCUGAAAUAUUUGGAGAGAGAACUUUGCUUUCAAAUAUAUUGAAGUGGUACCUCACAGCAGAAGGGAGAGUGUGCACAUGCGCGGCCGUGUGCCUCACUUCAAGUUACUCCUUAGCUGCUCUGGAUUUUGAGAAAGAGCACAAUUUGGACCCUGUGUUUGACUCUCUGAGAAUGUCCAGGCGCAGCUUGCACUUGUCUGCCGCUGCAUACAGCAUGACCAAGGAUGUUUCCAAAUCUGGGAAGAAGGCUUUGGUAGACCAGUCAGCCAAAAUUACGAAACAACACAAAAGUGUGGCAAAACAAUCUGGCUCUGUAAAGUACAAUUUAUGGAAAAACGUGCCCGGCUCUUCCGUUUUCAGCCACAGUAGCUUCAGUAGUCAAACAAGUGAUGGGUCUCUCAUGUCAACCAUAUUGGAUGAGUCUUCAAUACAGGAGCAAACAGCCGUUGACCAUUUUUGGGGACUUGACGAUGACGGUGAUCUCAAAGGUGGAAGCGCGACAGUGAUCCAGGCCAAUAAGGAUGUUGUAGUGACUGAGAACCAGAGCACACUGAGCAAUGGCUACACCUGCAAUGACUGCAGCAUGCUCUCCGAGCGCAAGGAAGUCCUCACGGCCUACUCCACACCUCACUUGCCAUCCUCAUGAAUCUAUUCCAGGGAUUGAAGCCAAAAACACAAGUCCAGAGGCCUUUCUUUCUACACAAAUAAGAUUCGGCAAGUGGCUGUGCACACCGCCACCUCUUUCACCUCACUCAUAGUGCAGCUCUUUCAGAUGAUCUUGCUGAAGCUGGGCUAUGACGGUAAAGCUCACUCUAUCUACUGUGGGAGCAUGAAUGUAAAAGAAUUUCUCAGGGAAGAUGGCCACCUGGGGAUGAAUGGUGAAUCCUUAUGGAAGGCAGUGGAAGCCGUGUACUGGUAUAUUGAAGUAAGGUGGCUUGAAAAGCAUAGCUGA